AUGUUUCCUUCAGUUACAUCGACAUUAAUGUCUAAAGAUAAUAAUACUGAAUCAAUUCAAACACGUCGACAAUCAUCAUUAAAUUCCAAUAUGAAUUUUCUUCAAAAACGACAAUCGAUAUGUUCAUCAUUAGAUGAACCAUUUUAUGAUUGUAAACAACAAACAUCACCGAUAAAACUUACUCAAACAUUUGAUAUGUCUCUACCGAAAAUUUCCAUAUGUACAAUGACAGGAAAAUCUUUAAAUAAUCUUGAUGAAUGUUUAUCAACAACAUCAUCCGAAGAAAAAGGUGUACAAACAACAUUUAAUGAAUCAAUAACAACUAAUUCAUGUAAUAAACGAAAUAAUUCAUCAACAAGUUUAUCAUCAUCAUCAACAUCAAUACAAACUGAUUCACUUGAAAACAAACCAAAAAUAUCAAUUUUAGCAAAAACAGCCGAUAAAUCAAAUCUUUUUGUUAAUCAAUCUCAAUUAGAAUCAACGCAUAGAUGGUCAAAUAUACACGAUAGAUUAAUUAAUGAACAAACCUGUAUCUAUUGGGUUAAUUAUUUAGGUUCAACAGCAAUAAAAAUCUCGAAUGAUAGUAGUCAAACUAUACCAACUCAUGCAAUUAAUCGAUUAAAACAAUCAACACAAUAUGCACGUGUUUUACCGAUAAUUGGUUUAAGUAUAUCGUCACGUGGUGUCGAAUUUUUAAAACAUACAAAUGAUCAUGUUGUUAUUUGUUUUCAUGAUAUUAAAUCAAUACAUUGUGCAUGUCAAGAUCAAGAUUUACGUUAUUUUGCUUAUGUUACACGUGAACAACGUUUAAUAAAUGGUAUGCCACAUGUACCUAUGACAUUUGAUCAUAAACAACAACAACAAAAAUCUCCGUCUUUAUCUAUGCAUGGAGAUUAUCAUAAUUAUUGUCAUGUAUUUGUUGUGAAAAAUGAAUCAAUGUCAACUGAAAUUUUAUUAACUUUUGGUCAAGCAUUUAAUGUAGCUUAUCAACUUCAUCGUCGUUUAAAUUUCAAACAAAGACAUUUAGAUAAAUCUCAUACGAAAAUUGAUGUUAAUCAUUUAUCAACAAAAACUGAUAAAAUAAUGCUAUCAUCAAUGCAUUCACCACCGGCAACACCAUCAUCGUCGUCAUCAUCAAGCGAGGAAAGAAGAGUGUUUAUUUAA